AUGGCUGAAGUAGAUCUCACAAUGGCAUUCAAACUAACCCCUUCUCUUCUAGAACAACUUGGGAAAGCAUUAAUUGAGCUACAAUCCCAUUCAGACACCACUUCAGAUACUGUUUCAUUCACCGAAAUAAGUGAUCACUUCCGUGACCUCGAAUCAAAAAUGUUAAAAAAAUACACCGAACUCGAAUCCAAAGAGAAAUCCUUCAAACAAGAAGAAUCCAACAGCCGCCGAUCCCUAGCGGCAAAAGUGUCGGCAGUUGCCGAAAAAGAACAAGAGAUGUUCGACCGCAUUCAGCUCUUAAAAGAUGCCGCCGUCGCCGCCAUUGCUGAGGCCCGCGCCAAUUACCUUCCGCCACCUGUCUACAACACCGCUGAUGAUGUCACCGAAGACAUGGACAACACCAAGGUAAUAAUACCAAACUCCCCCGAAGAAACAAAUGACGAUGGUGGUGGUGGUGACUCGGUCACGUUUUAUGACGAGUUGACUCGGUUAUGCGACCAGAUGGAUGCAAAAGGACUUGUGAGUCUCUUUAUGGAAAACCGAAAAAGUAUAUCUGUUUUACGUGAAGAACUUAGUCAUGUACUUAAAAGUACAAAAGAACCAGGUCGUCUGGUUCUUGACUCACUUGAGGGUUUCUACGCCGACGACACCACCACCGCCGCCAGCGGUGGCGGCUCUCAGGGAAUGAGGCAGUCGUGUAUAGCUAUUAUGGAGUCUUUGAGUGCCAUGUUGGCAGGGGGGGAGAUGGGGGCAGAUGUUUUGUUAGGACUUGAAAUUAAGCAAGAAGCCAAGGCUAUGGCUAAUGAGUGGAGGGGUAAAUUGGUAGUUAAUGAUAAUGAUGAUGAUAACGAUGGAAAGUCAUUGGAAGUUGAGGGUUUUUUGCAGCUUGUUGCGACUUUUAGGGUUGCAUCAGAGUUUGAUGAAGACGAACUCUGCAAACUUGUUUUUGCGGUUUGUGAGCGUAGAGAAGCACCGAGUUUAUGCCGGGCUCUUGGUUUAGCGCACAAAAUGCCAGGUGUUAUUGAGGAGCUGGUUAGUAGUGGGAAGUUGAUUAGUGCGGUGCAUUUUGUGCAUGGAUUUGAGCUUGCAGAUAGAUUCCCAACUGUACCACUUUUGAAGACUUAUUUGAAGGAUUUGAGGAGGAGUUCACAAGGGAAACGUGGUAAUUGGGGCAAUCCAGAGAGUGGUCUGAACGAAGGAAACGCGAAAGAGCUCGCAGCACUACAAAACGUAGUCCACUGCGUGCAAAAAUACGAGCUGGAAACAGAAUACCCACUCGAAGCAAUUCACAGAAGACUGGAACAAUUAGAAAGAGCAAAAGUCGAUAGAAAAAGGUCAUCACGUGAUCCACCUACUAAUAAUAGGUUUCGUGACUCACCUACCAAACACCACCACCAAAAUAAAAAACAACGAUCAAAAAGCGGCGGCUUCGGCGGUGGUGGUGGAGGUGGAGGUUACGGGCACCACCGCCACCAUAAUGGGCGGCACGCUCCUCCUCCUCCAGCCUACAUGGAUAGAUCACUUUAUGCCGCUCAGCCCGGCGAGCGGUACCCUCAGGUGGAUUACAGCUAUCCGGCAGCGGCUCCUCCACCUACUCAGGCGGCGUAUUCUCAACAGGUUUAUGAACAGAGUGCGUAUUACUACCCUCCUCCGGAUGCAGCGGUGGCAGGGGCGGGAGCAGCAGCUUACGGGGUGUAUACAAGUAGCGGUGCACCGGCGGCCUAUCAACCGGCUCCUUAUCAACCGUAUACAUACCAGUAGCAGUGGGCCCGUUUUUUACUGUCAAAAAUUAUAUGUAAGUGGUCAGGACAAAGGUGUUUUCGGUUUUUAGGUCAUUUUUGUUUUGAUUUUUUACUUUUUAAUGCUAGCUACGUUGUACACUUUAAUGAUAACUUUGUUUUGAGGCAAAGCUAUAAAGUGCUUAGCCUUUUUGACCUAGUUGAAAAUAUCAUAUGUGAAAAUCAGUUUACCUUUUUA